CUUAGGUUCCACAAAUCUUUCUAGCAAAACCCAUACUGGUCUUUCCAUGGCUAAGCCCACUUCCAGAUCAUCAGACCAUCAUAGGAUGGCAUUUCAUGCAGUGGGGCUCUUUGUCCUUUCAAUGCUAGUACAAAGCUCUGAUGCAACCGAGUUCAAGGUGGGUGGUGCAAAUGGGUGGACGGUGCCUGCAGAUUCAAAGGCCAUGACAUUGAAUCAAUGGGCAGAGAUGAAAAGGUUUCAGACGGGAGAUUCUCUAUUGUUUGUGUAUCAAGCUGAUAAGGAUUCGGUGCUACAAGUAACAGAAGAUGGCUACAACAAUUGCAACACAGCCUCAUCCAUUGCAUCUUUCUAUGAUGGGAACACUUCCUUCAAGUUCAAUCAACCUGGGUCGUACUAUUUCAUUAGUGGGCAUAAAGACCGCUGCCAAAAGAAUGAGAAGCUGCAUGUCAUAGUGAUGGCUGAUAGAAACACUAAGAAAAAUGGGGCCCCUCUAAACGCAGUGGGCCUCAUGGGUUCCGUGGGAAUUCUUGUUGGAUCAUCUAUUCUAUUUACUUUGUAACUUGGUCUGCCACACAAACCGAAAUGUGUAAGUCUUGGGUAUUUAAUUUCUUUUAUUUGUUUCUAUUACAUUUUUAGCAUGAUUUAAUGAAUUGGGGUUUUCAAGGAUAGUUUGGCCAUGAGAAAACGUUUGUAACAAUUGAAAAAAAGAAAAAAGAAAAAAAAAAGGGUGAAAGAAUUACAGGUACUGUAUGGGUUGUUUGGCUCUCAAUGUAAAUAGUGGAAUAAAUGCAUAUUAUUGUGUUCCUCUA